AUGGUCGAAGAAGAGGAGGAUGCUCAGGCGCCAGGUCAUGCGCCUCAGAUUAAAGACGAAACUGUUGAUCUAACCAUGGAACAAGUAGAUGAUGUCGCUCAAGGGCAUAGCAGCGCUCAUUUUGUGUUGCCUACACAAGAGUUUCUUCAAGGUGUGCAACAGGCUAUGCAGCCUGCAAAUCAGCUUCUUGUUACACCACCCGCCCAGGAGGCUAUGCUGCCUGCAAAUCAUCAGGUUCCUAAUGCAGCAGUCGACCGCAUGGAAGAGACUACGCAGUCUGAAACUGCGGCCGGAGAUGCCCCAUCCUCGUUUACAGAACAAGGUGCUGCGGCAGAUAAUCGCGCCGAAGAGGCUACACAGUCUAAACAUGCAGAAGCUGCCGCAUCCUCGACAGUGACGGAACAAGAUGCUUCAUCAUGUUUGUCUAUGUCAGAGCAAGCUGCAACUCCAUCCUCAUCAAGCACACAUCAUCAGAAUCACCAGGCAGACGCAUUGCUCUGCUCCCCUCCCAUCUCAACUGCAGCGCAUUUCCCUCGCCAGUUCUGGAAGGCCGGGGAGUACAAGGUUGCUGCCCAAGCUUCCAUCAACAAUGGCCAGAACUGCUUAAGGGUUAAUCCCAAGUUUCUUCAUUCUAAUGCUACUUCACACAAGUGGGCCUUUGGUGCUAUUGCAGAGCUGCUCGACAAUGCUGUUGAUGAGGUGCAAAAUGGUGCAACCUAUGUGAAAAUAGAUAAACUGAAAUAUUCUCCUGGAGAGUAUUCCCUAGUGAUACAAGAUGAUGGAGGCGGUAUGAGUCCAGAGGAUCUCCGACAUUGUCUGAGCUUUGGAUUCUCCAAUAAGUGCACAAAUUCAUCGAUUGGACAAUACGGAAAUGGCUUCAAAACUAGCACAAUGAGGCUUGGGGCAGAUGCUAUCAUAUUCAGCUGCAGACAAGACAAGAGGUUGACACGAAGUGUUGGGCUGCUCUCUUACACAUUUCUUACGAGAACCGGCUGCAAUGACAUAUUGGUGCCAGUGGUUGACUAUGAAUUUGAUCCAUCAUCUUGUACUUCCAAGAGGAUAAUGGACCGGGGUGAAAAUAAUUUUUCUUCCAAUUUGUCCACUCUUUUGAGGUGGUCUCCAUUUUCUACAGAAGAGGAAUUAUUGAAACAAUUCAGGGACAUGGGAUGCCAUGGCACGAAAGUUUUUGUAUUCAACUUGUGGUUCAACGAUGCAUGGGAAAUGGAGCUUGACUUUACAACUGAUGAUGAGGAUAUUAUGAUUUCAGGAGCACCUGAGAUACCAGACGAACGCAUGAAAGUAGGAAGGUUGAAUUAUAUGCAUAUUGCAAAUCGCUUUCGAUAUUCACUCCGUGUUUAUGCAUCUAUACUAUACCUUCGUCUACCAGAACACUUCAAAGUCAUCUUGUGUGGACGAGUUGUUGAACCCCAUCAUAUUGUCAAUGAUCUCAUUUAUCGUGAAUGCGUGGAAUAUCGACCACGAGUUGGAGUAAGCGUACAGGCUGAUGUCAUUACUACAAUUGGCUUCUUAAAAGGUGCUCCAAAGCUGAAUAUCUAUGGAUUUAAUAUCUACCAUAGGAACCGUCUUAUUCUGCCAUUUUGGUCUGCAUGCUCUGAGAGAGGCAGAGGCAGAGGCAGAGGCAUUGUUGGGGUUUUGGAGGCAAACUUUAUACGACCUACACAUGAUAAGCAAGAUUUUGAGAAGACAGAGCUUUUCCAGAGACUUGAUACGAGAUUAAAAGACAUGACAACAGAGUAUUGGACGUACCAUGCUCAUUUGAUUGGCCAGCAGCAAGUCACAAAAGCUCACCCUCCUGCACAUUAUGCAUCUGUUGCUGUUAUGAAUGAUGAUAGCUCAGCAACUCGAGCUACCACAAAGACUUAUGCUGGCAACUCAAGAAUUAAAACAUCCGUAGUGUUGGACCCCUGUUUCAAUGAAGAACCAUGCAAAAGAAGAAACUCUGACUCGGUGAAUGAAACGAGGGCUCAAAAAAGGCAGAACACGAAUGACGAUGCUAACUACCCUGGAAGUGUCGGUGCUGUUGAGGUAGGAAAGGAAAGGAGCAGAGUCUUAAUUUAUCAGAACAAGACGCUAAAGGACGAGUGCUCCGUACUUGAGGCAGCCGGGCAGCAGCUCCUAAGUAAGGCCAACGAGUUGAGCAACGAACUCCGCGAGUUCCAGCGGCUGCUCAGGAGCCUCACCGAUGAGUUGCAGUUCCACGACGGCCUCAGUGCGCUGCAACACACGACCCCUAUUGCCAGCAGCUCCUACAUGGGAGUGGGAUGGAUCUAAGGCUCUGACAGUGACGUCGCAAGUCCAUAGCUGACCCUUACUAACUUAUCUGGCGGUCUAAGUGGUAAUUUAGCUUGCCAUGGUGGUAGAAUCAAGGCACCUCCAGUUCAGGAUGCAAGUGGGAUCCUGUCAAAGUCCGGUUUCUAGUUCAUUUUAUGGUUUCUAUUUCAAAUUUUGCCCCAAACUUUGAACUAGAAAUCACAAA